AUGAUGACUUUCGCUCGCGAAGGAAAUUUUUUCUUCACAUCUUCACGAAACACUCAACUCACGAAAGAAGAGCUUUUUCUGCACAAAUUUCAGAGCGUGAUGCGGAGGCGAAAAAAAGGCGUCGACGACGACGCGAAAACGACGACGACGACGAAGAAGGUUUCAUCGAAGUCCUCGUCGUCGAACAAAAGCUCAACCUCGGGGUCGAAAGCGAGGAAACGAAAAGACCUCGUCGCGAUUGGAAACAUUCUUAAGUGUCUGUUUCUUUUCGCCGGCAUUUUACUCGGCCUCUCGAUGGUUGGGGUGAAGAGGCAACGAGAAGAACGACAACAACAAAGAGUAACGACAUCUUCUUUUCCCCCGGAAGAACAGAUGAAGGAGCUGGAAAAAGCGAGAGAGAUGUUGAGAGCGAACUACGUCCAAGCGUACGAUGCAAUCGAGAACGAAUUCAACGUUUUUUCCAACCAGAAAAUGUUGGAUGUGUACGCGGAUAUGUUUUCGGAGUCUCUCGGGGAAGAAGCGCGAGCGGCGAUUUGGGAGCGAGCGACGGAGAAGUUUUACUCGAGAGCUGAAUAUAGCAGCGCGGACGGCGAACGAGCGAGGAGGCAAAGAGAGGCGCACGGGACGUUCGCGCCGGAGGUGAGCGCGAAGAAAGAGUUCGCCGCGGACGAUCCGAAGCGGUUCAAGCGCUUGGUGGAGUUAGUGAGAGAUAAGAUGGAGAACGGGGCACCACCGAAAGAAGGAGAACAGAAGGGAGAGAAAGAUGUGGAAGUUACGAUGAGAGCAGAAACGAAGAAAGCGGCGAGAAGCGCGGCGCUGACGGCGUUUGUGUUUGAAGUUUUACAGACGCUUCAAGAGGAAGGAUCGAGUUAUUUCGCCGAAAAAGCGCCUGAUUUUGAUCACGUUUAG